ACUCCCACCUUCUUGGAGACACCGCCAGGCGCCAUCUUCCGGCCGCUGCCCGCCUGCCCCCUCCCCCCCCCCCCCCCCCCCGGGAGGUCGAACUGCCUUCUAGAGCCCUCUCCUGUUUUCAGGCGAAUGUGCAGGUAGCUUGACGUCUGAUGAACGCUCAGCCAUGCUGCUGAUGCUACACGAAACUCUUCCUUUCGUGAGGCCGACGAGUUCUUGCCGGGACCCAAAACUCUCCGAGAAGAGUGCCUCUGCUUUCCACGGUAAAUUGGGAUGCAGUGCGGUCUGCAGUUCAGCGGAAGGCUAUCGUGUACAGAAGCCGCACAUUGUUCACAGCUACAAAGUUAGCUUCACUAGGACCAGCCAUCAUCUGUGUAAAAGCUUAAACGAGAGAACUACAAGGCACUGCCUGCAUCGGUUCCAUGUUAAUGCUUCGCCCGAUGACGACGACUUCCGCUCAUCGCGUAACAUAGCGAUCAGUUUGUUCAAGCGGUACAAGAAUGUCAUUGACCGAGGAGGUGGAGAAAACCUAAAUGAGUUUGUCAGUGCUGGAGUGACCGCUUACGCACUAGGGUGUACAGAUGAGGGGCUUAGAAAGGAACUUAUGGAUAUUGAAGAUUCUGGUCUGGAGAUUGAAGGCUUAGGGUCCUUGGGGGGCACCAGCCUCAAGUUCAAAGUCCACUCCUUUGAGAUCCGUGAGUGCAUCCUGUGGCUCAGUAUAGUGUUCGUCACAAUACUGUGCACACCACAACUAACAGUUAUCAGGUGGUCUCCGAACCCACCGGUGUCAGCCGACGUCUUGCAUCAGUGGAAAGGAUUCUGUGCUCUAAUCGCGAACGCUUACUAUGUCAAAGGAAUGGCAUGGUUGCCAGUGAAAACCUUGCAGCUGGAACAGAUGGCUGUCACAGGAAGUUCAGAGAAACCAUCAGUAGUUGCUAGUCGCAUGCAGUUAGUUUUCAGCACAUUAGAGGUAGUCAGCCCACAGUGGCCAAGAGUGUGAUUAGAUGAAAGCAAUACCAUCAAACAAAGGUCUGCAGUUUUAUUCUGACCAAAAGAUAUGCAUGUCCAAGUUGGCAAGUUCAAACCUCUGUCAUGGCGCAAACAGAUGAUACUAUGUCCAUUUGAACUCAAAUGUCAAAUAAAAAUGCUAAUGUACUUGUUG